AUGCAAUUUGAAUUAGCCCCGAAAUUGAUGUCAUUGAUAAGCAUCGAAAACAAAAAAUAUCACUGGCCGAGAUUCACAAAUACCGUAACCGUUUUAGGAGAAAGCUCAAAAACCGCUACAGGACGAUUCAAUACUAAUUUGAAACCUAACAAACUGUCACUGAUCUGUUCCUAUCAGCAAUGUCAGUUAAACGCCUUGCAACACUGUGAACAAGCGUUCCAACCAACUGGGCAUUGUUGCAAAAUUUGUGGUUCAAUGAUUCAUUUUCGAGCAACUUCUUUCAAAUUUGACAAAUUUCAACAACGAAUACAAAAAUACAAGCAAGAAAGUGAAACUGUAAGGCAAUACGGUUUAGAUAUUGCACUCUUACGCAUUGACUAUAAUGAUUUUGUACCGAAAUAUCAGGUCAAUUUUAUUGCAGUUUAG